CUACUGAAGACAACUUCAGCAAAAAGUAAAACAAGCAAAACGCGUGAUUGCGUCCGGAAGUUGAAGAGCUUAUUUAACGAAGGGAUCGAGAACCAGAGGAGCUGAGAAGCACGCAUACAUAUCUCCGACAGGACAGUCACAUCUGGGAUCAGGAGGAGGGGAAAACACGUAUACGAAACAGAGAUUCCGCCCGCAAUUUGCGCCUCCAGAAUCCCUCUCAACAACCAGCAUGACCACAAUGGCUACACCACAACCGGCGCCUACAUCUACAAUUUCCUCACCUCCACUUCCCAACCCGCUCCUCACACCCCCCGCACCCUCCCACCCCUCUCCCUCUCCCUCCAACAUCCCCUCCAACACAGUUCCCUCCCAAUGCACCCCCAACCUCAACCCCCUAGACCCCUCCCUCCCCUACCCACCCCCCAUCCUGCACACCACCAAACACCGCCUCCCCCUCCGCCCCAUGCACCCGCUCGACGCACCCAGCAUGGCCAUCGCCUGCGCCCCGGCAUCCAUCACAGAGUACAUGUCCCUCGCGUUUGCGCAUCCAUAUACACUGGCGCACGCGGAGCGCUGGAUCGAGAUGAAUCUGCGGGACAAGUUGCCGAAUUACGUUUUCACGAUUCCCGAGGAGGGAGUAGCAGAAGAUAUCAUCGGCGGCAUCGGCCUCAAGCGCGGCUCCGACGUCCACGCCCACACGGCCGAACUCGGGUACUGGCUCGCGGAACCGCACUGGCGGAAGGGCUACAUGACGGACGUGCUCGCCUCUUUUAUUGCUUGGGUCUUCGAUUGCGAUUCCCCUGCCGCGCAGGAGGAGAAGCGGCGGACCAAUGCGGAGGGGAUUUCGCGGCUGUGCGCUAUGGUGUUCAGCGGGAAUGAGGCGAGUAUGAAUGUGUUGAGGAAGUGUGGGUUUGUGCAGGAGGGCGUGUUGAGGGGGCAUGUGUGGAAGAAGGGGAGGGUGAUGGAUUUGCAUGUUUUUGGGUUGGGGAGGGGGGAGUGGUUGGAGAGACAGGGGAGGGAAAGGAGGGAAAGCAAGGUGAAGGGGGAAAGGAAGUAG